GCCAGCGACGGUCCGCGACCAAAAUAAUAUAACAACGUGUCGCCGUCGCGUAGUGUUUCGCCCGCGAACAUAUUAUUAUAAAUUAAAAUAAAUUCAAUUUACAUUAAUACUUCCGCAAGAUGACGAUAGGAGAUGGUUUUUUUCUUACCUAGAUUUCACGUGGACGUAAACAUGUCGUCGGCCGGAACGUGCGUUUCCGGAGAGGAUAUCCGGUGGCGGUCGGCAGGCCUUUGUCAUCAUCGCUGCAUGUCGUCGCGUCGCCGCGGACCAGUCAUAUUGGGCACAAGCCUUUGAACUCGUUUCCGUGCAGGCCGCGGACCGCGCCGAUCUCAGACGAUGGGCAACUUGCAAAGUUCGACGCCGUCGUCGCGCGGCGGUCCGAAAAGCCGGAACAAAAGGCCAUCGGCCACUGGGACUCGCGAUUGGCUGUUAGGGGGCGCGACGAGGGUGCUACGGAAACCAGUUGCACCGGCGCCGGCGGCGGCAGAGGUGGAGGCGGCAACGGCGGAUCACGUGACCGUGACCAGUCGUGACCUCCGCCGGCAGCGGACUCCCCCGGCCCGCGACGACGAUACCGAUCAUCAUGCAGAUGAGCAGCAACAACAACACCGGCAGGAGCACCACUGCAGCAACCGCCGCCACCGCAACGACCGCGACGACGAGUCCGCCCGCAGUUCCUCGGAAGAGGAGGACUCCUCAGUAUUCGCCGACACGCUGACCAGUCCGCAGAGUGUGUACUCGGACGCCAGAGACGAACCGGACAACAUCAUGGUGGUGAACGGCGGCGAAACGUUCGGCGGCAGCACCGGGCGCACAGCCGCCGCCGCCCACCAGGCUUUCACGAUCGUCAAGCACCGCAAAGUCGAACUGAACCCGGCCAAGUUACAAUCGGCAGUCGCCAAUGGUCAGGUGCAGGUUGUGGACUCGGCGGUUAGACGCAGCAACACCUCGCAACUGAGCGACGGUCCCAAAGACGGGAGCGUUCUCAGGAGGGUCGCCAAGGUCACGCUGGACCAGGCCACCAAAGAUCAAAAACCAGUGAGACCGAAACACGUACCGGAAAAGUUGGACUUCAGGAACCGUGAAAAGUUUGAAGGCCAAGUACUGAUAAACUGGCUUGUUUCGUCGUUCAAUACGGAGGAACGCCGAAGGGAUGCCCGGUUGCUGUUACCUCAAAUCUGUACGGAUUUGGUGACCGCGGGCGUCAUCAAACAGAUACAAGACAAGGAUGCUACGGUAGCCAGCGACUUGUUUAGAUCGGACCUCAUGUACUACUGGGCUCGUUCUGAAUUGAUUAACAUCCCAUCGUCGUCUCCAGGACGUAUUGGACAACCGGCAUGGUUAACGGAUAAAAAUUUGGGCGGUGUUGAAAACGGUAAAGAUGAACCAACGUCUCAAGCGUAUUCGAAUUCAGAAGAACUACAAGAAAUACAAAACAAAACGGUUUCAAAGCAGUCACCGUUUAAAAACGGCAUUGGAGCGAUACUCAAAGAAAACAUGCAAGAUUCGGAAAAUAUAUCUGAUUAUUCGCCAACUAAAAGUCCUAAACCAACUAGUUUGCCAAUAAGACGCAAGAAGUCGUUAUCGUCUUUAACUGAUAAAUUUUCAACUCUAUCAAUAGACCAGUCAAAUAUUCCUGUAAAACAGAUAAAUGGAAAUAUACCCGAUGAAACGGUCAUAAAAAAGGUGAAUGGUGUCCAAUCACCAAUUAAAAGAACAUCGAUUUCAUCGACGCCUAACCAAAAUUCCAAAGAUACUCCAUCUUCAAUACAGAGUUUUAACGGUGACGAUUCGACCGUGUUUUAUACUCCGGUCGGCGUUAACGAUCCAACGUACAAUGGUUUGUCUCCAAUAACAACGCCAAAAAGUUCCUCUCUUAAUAAGAUCGUCUUCGGUGGUCUAACGCCAAUUUUUGACCCAAUAAGUGAUAAUAGUACGAUUAUUGAAAGUGCAGAUUCAUUAUUAAGUUCACCAGAAGUCGCCGUAGAAGCUAUUAAGUGUGAUUUUUCAACGAAUUCACCGACUUUGAAGAAUGAAAGUGAUACAAUUGACGAGAAACAAAUACCGCAAGAUGUCGCUUUAUCGUCACAUAUCGAUAGUGACAAAGACGUUUCGUCGACAAUAAAUACAACAUCAUUUUCUCCUAAAAAUAACAUUAAAACUUCACUGUUUUCGUCAUGUUCUGAAAGUCCUGUUUCCCCUGAAAAAUGUCACCCUAUUCCAGAAAUCAGUAUUUCACUUCCUAUUCCUCCUCCACCACCCCCUCCACCAUCACUUAUUGGAAGUACCAUUCCGCCGCCGCCACCACCACCACCACCACCACCUUUUCCACAAGCACAACUUACUGAAAGUAUAAUCCCACCUCCACCCCCUCUACCACAACUCUCUGGAAGUACUAUUCCACCACCACCUCCAUUACCACAACUCCCUAGAAGUACUAUUCCACCUCCACCUCCACCUCCUCUUCCGCCUUCUACAAAUUGUACGCUUCCUCCGCCACCACCUAUAUUAUGCAGCAUGCCAAGUGCUAUUCCACCACCACCCUCACCAUUAUUAAACAAAUCAGUUUCUGGAUUCAAUGGUCCGCCACCACCUCCACCCCCAAUGACUGGUCCAACACCAUUUCCUGCGCCACCUAUUGGUGGUUGGAACGCUCAACGCGAUCUAUUACGUAAAAAGCCAAUAACUCCACCGGUACCUAUGAGACCUUUAUAUUGGACAAGAGUUAUUUUGAAAGAACCUAUUAUUGAAACAUACACGCCAACUACUCCAGAUUCGCCAGAUAGUUUAAAACCACUGUGGAGUGAUCUAGAAGAAGCCCCAAUACCGAAUAUAAACGAGUUUUCGCAGCUUUUCUCUCGACAAGCAGUAGAACCAAAAUUAGCAAAAAAAAAGGUGCAACUAAAAAAAAAAACAGAGGAAUUUAAACAAUUGUUGGACACUAAAAGAUCGCGAAACGUAGGCAUAUUAGCUCAAAGUUUACAUUUGGAUUUUUCUGAAAUCGAAAAUGCUCUUUAUAAUUUCGAUACGUCUGUAGUAAGCGUUGAAGUACUUCAACAAAUUUAUGAAGUGUCGGCGACAGAAGAAGAAUUGGGAUUGAUUAAAGGUCAUGUGGCAGCUCAUCCGGAUCAGCCACUCGACAAACCAGAACAGUUCCUGUUAGAACUCAGCGAAAUACCGCAUUUUGGCGAGCGCGUAGCGUGUUUAAUAUUCCAAUCCGAUUUUAAUGACGCCUUGAACAACAUAGCGAACAAAUUGAAUAACAUGAAAGCCACUUCUAGGUUCCUAAUGACUUCUGAGGGUUUAAAAAAAGUGUUGGCCAUCAUAUUAGCAUUAGGGAAUUACAUGAAUGGAGGUAAUCGGCAACGUGGUCAAGCAGACGGAUUCGGUUUGGAAAUCUUACCUAAACUUCGAGAUGUCAAAAGCAAAGAUAACUCAAUGACUCUGUUACAUUUUAUUGUUCAAACAUACAUAAAUGAAUGUAAAGAACCAAUGAAAGAAACAUUACCUGUGCCAGAGCCUAGUGAUGUAGAUCGAGCAGCACACGUAACUUUUGAUGACUUACAACAAGGUCUAAAAGAAUUAAAAAUAAAACUGGCUGGUUGCAAGAAAAAAGCUGACAAAGUAAUAUUGUCGUCUGCUUAUGAUAGCUUGGAACCAUUCAAAACAAAAAUGGAAUCAUUUAUUUCUAUGGCGCACAGACAACUAGAAAAUGAACAUGAGAACUUAGAAGAGAGCAAAAAACUGUUUAUUAAACUAAUGCGAUUUUAUCAGUUCCAACCAAAAACGAGUAAGAGUCUCUUAGACGUUGCACCAAAAGAUUUUUUCCCACUAUGGUUACCAUUCUGUACAGACUUCAAAGAUUUUUGGAAUAUGGAACAACAACGAAUCGUUAAAGAAAAACUUUUAGAAAGUAAAAGAAGAACGAAAGAAAGACAACAACUAGUUAGGACAAAUAAGAAAUCACUAGAAGGACUGAAAAAUCAAAUUCAAUCAAAAUUUAAAUGAUUUUCUUAACGUCAAUUUCAGAAACGAAAAAAAUUUAUUUUUAAAUAAAAUUCAAGACUGAAAGAACAUAUGUUGUUAUUUAUCUACUCUUCUGCAUAGCUUAAAAAUGUAUGUUAAGAUGAAAAUGUUGUGAAAAUAUGUAUGCACGAUCGCUUAAAAGUGUUUAUAUAUUUCUUUUCUUUUUUUUCACAAGUUUAAUAAUGUUAAUUGUAAGUCUACUGUUUAUAAGUUGAGAGUAUAAAUGUUAUUCAUACUAACCACUAAAAGAUUAUGUUCGUUUAUACAUUUUAAUUUUAAACUUUUAAAACAUUAUUUUUUUAACUGUUGGAUUUAUUGUAAAGACUGACUAGAAACUUUAAGUAAAAUCUAUAUUCUAUAUAAUAUACAUUAGUGGGAUAUAUAAAAUAUAUUAAUUAUUAUAUUGUGUUUUUGUACACUUCCAUUAUACACUAUUACACUAAUUUAUAAUUAAAUAAAUAAGAUAAUUUGUAAAAAUUA